CUCACUUCACUAAUUGCGUUAUUCCUCAAAUGAACUUGGACGAGUACGAUGGUUUGCAUGUAAAUAUCGUAUAUUCCAUAGGGGUACGUGCGUGUUUCGCUCUGUAAAUGGAUACAUAAAAUACCGAAAAUCCAAAGUGGGGGCGCGAGAAACGUGCGGAGUGAGUCUGAUUUUCAUAAAUAUACCUAUAUAAAAUCUACAUGAAUCACUGAUGCUUUAUCCCGUCUAAGGAAAAUAACAAGGAAAAAACUUUUUACACCACCAGCAAAUAUUUGUGCGAGGCUACCGGCAAGAAGAUUUUUGUAUGCAUGACUGAAACGAUGGCAUUGAGUGGGAACUGUAGGACUUACCCGCCGACUAAGGAGCAAGAGUCUGCUCAGAAUUCUUUCCCCGACGUUUUGGAACUCAAUGUUGGGGGGCAGGUAUAUUAUACUCGCCAUGCCACCCUAAUUAGCAUCCCCAAUUCACUGCUGGGAAAAAUAUUUGCUACCAAGAAAGAUCCUACCAACGACCUAGCGCGGGACCCUAAGGGACGUUACUUUAUCGACAGAGAUGGGUUUUUAUUUCGGUACGUGUUGGACUACCUCCGAGACAAGCAGGUCGUCCUGCCUGAUCACUUCCCAGAGAAAGGGAGACUCAAGAGAGAGGCGGAAUACUUUCAGUUGCCGGAACUGGUCAAAAUCCUGACCCCCGACGACAUCAAACAAAGUCCGGACGACUAUUUCCACAGCGAUUUAGAGGACGCUUCCCAGGGCAGCGACCAGAGGACAUGUCCGCCGUCGUCUUUGGUUCCAGCCAACAGGAAGUACGGAUUCAUUACUGUCGGUUACAGGGGCUCGUGUACCAUGGGCAGAGAGAGCCAGACGGAUGCCAAGUUCAGACGGGUUCCGAGAAUUUUGAUCUGCGGGAGGAUUGCCUUAGCGAAAGAGGUCUUCGGAGAGACUCUGAACGAGAGCCGCGACCCGGACAGGCCGCCCGAGCGAUACACGUCACGGUUUUACCUCAAGUUCAAACACCUGGAGAGAGCCUUUGACAUGCUGUCAGAAUGUGGAUUCCAGAUGGUUGCCUGUAAUUCCUCGGUGACAGCGUCUUUUGUCAAUCAAUAUACUGAGGACAAGAUCUGGUCCAGUUACACAGAAUAUGUCUUCUAUCGUGGGCCGUCCCGUUGGUCGUCCCCCCACUGCGACUGCUGCUGCAAGAACCCCAAGGGCGACCGCGAGGGCGAGAGCGGCACCUCAUUCAACGAGCUCUCCACCUCAGAGAGCUCGGAGAGCCAGUCGGAGGCCAGCUCCCCGCAGGGGACGGUCAUCUGCGGCCCCGUCAGCCGGCAGGCCAACAUACAGACCCUGGACCGGCCGCCGAAGAAGGGCCCCGUGCAGUCGCUUCAACAGUCGGAGCUGCGCAGGAAGAGCGACCUGCUCCGCACGCUGACCGCCAGCUCCCGCGACACCAGCGGCGGCAAGAAGAAGCCCGCCAAGGAGAAGAUGACCAUCGAGGAGGAGCUGGAGAAAUGCAUACAGGACUUCCGCAGGAUCAAAAUCCCGGACCGCUUCCCUGAGAGGAAGUACAUGUGGCAGUCAGAACUCCUCAGAAAGUACCACCUCUGAAAAGAGACCGAGCUCUCCAUCAACAG